UGAGUAGCUGGGACUACAGGCCACGCCACCACGCUGGGCUAACUUUAUUUUUAGUAGGGACGGGAUCUUGCUAUGUUGCCCAGACUGAUCUCAAACUCCUGGGCUCAAGCGAUCCACCCGUCUAGGCUUCCCAAAGUGCUGGGAUUACAGGCGUGAGUCACCAGCAAGCCCCUUGUCAAUUUUUAAAAGUUCUUCCCAUUUCUGUCUAUUAACCUAUGCCACCCUCUGUGUUGCAAAUGACUCCUCCUCAAGUCCUGUCUGUCUCUCUUUAUAAUGUUGUUGGUCACCUAACAUCUUAAGGUGCUAAGUUGUAUACACAGCGUCCACCUUGUACCCAGGGUUGUGGGUUUCCGACCUAGGUUAGGCAGGUCUCCCGGCUCCUGGGGGAGGCGCGCCCUCCCCUUCCCUCCAUGAGUCCUUAUCUGGCAGCUUGUUCCUUCCCACGGGUCGGGCGCAUAAAAGCGCGCUGGGCCGCGGCGGGGCACUGCCACCAUGUCCCCACUGCGCCCGCUGCUGCUGGCCCUGGCCCUGGCCGCCGUGCCGUGCGCCCAGGGCGCCUGCCCCGCGUCCACCGACCUCAAGCACUCGGACGGGACGCGCACUUGCGCCAAGCUCUAUGACAAGAGCGACCCCUACUAUGAGAACUGCUGCAGGGGCGCCGAGCUGUCGCUGGAGCCGGGCGCAGACCUGCCCUACUUGCCCUCCAACUGGGCCAACACCGCCUCCUCGCUUGUGGUGGCCCCGCGCUGCGAGGUCGUGUGGUCCCGGCAAGGCAAGGCGGGCAAGACGCACAAAUUCUCUGCCGGCACCUACCCGCGCCUGGAGGAGUACCGCCGGGGCAUCUUGGGAAACUGGUCCAACGCUAUCUCCGCGCUCUACUGCAGGUGCCCAGCUGCCCAAAGCUCCGAGCCCACCCCAGGCCCCGGCCCCAGCUCCGCACAAACCCCCACACCCAUCAUCCAAGCCCCGAGGCUGCUCCACACCCCUGAGCUCCCGACUGGAACUGGGAGCACCAGGCCUCCCUAAAACCAGUCGUGGAGGCCCCAUCUCAGAGUCCUUACCCAGACCAGGUCCUCCUUCUCUUCACCCCCAGCACCCGGUCCCCACUCCACCUGCAGCCCAGGACCGUGGGACGGAGAUCUCGCCCCAGCUCUGGGAUUCAGAGCCAACCCUCCAUCUUCUGGAAUCCUCCACCUACUCACCCGCCCACAGCUGUUCUUCCCAGGGAGGGCUGACUAAUUCUGGGGCUGAGAACUCCUAGACCCCCUCACCUUGGUCUCCAGAACCAAAGCCAGCCCCCAUGCCUCAGAUAAUCACAUCUCAAAAUUCCCAGACUCCAAAACUAACCCAGACCUCAAGACCCCAGACUCAAUUAUAGGAACCCCCAGUGUGUAGCCUUCCUGCUCUCCACUCCCCUAGACCCUCUAGACCAGCCUCAGCCCUAAAACCAGUCCCACAGCCCACCCCUAAGACCCAUCCCUGGAGGUCCCUGAGGCCACCUUGCACUCACAGACCUGGGACCUAGAUCCAGCAGUGACACCCUCCCAACCUCCCAAGCCCUCCCAAGUCACUCCCAUCCCCCAAGGGCUCCAAGGAGCCCCAACUCCAAACUCCCAAGCUAGGAUCCCUGGUUCCUGAACUUGGAGCCUCAGACCCAGACUCCCCAGUCCCCACCCAGCCUCAGGCUUCUAGAACUCACCAGACCCUGGGUCUCUGAGAGCCCCUGGAAGCAAUUCUUGAUUACAUUUCAGGUGCAGCUGAUGCUUUGCUGGUCUGUCAUCUGCAGCUUCCACAGAGUGCCAGACCCCUCACUCAGCCCAUUCCUGGGCUCUGCUGCGGGGCCCCAAGACCCAGGAGAAGGAGCGUUCUGCCUGCCCCUCCCACCUCCCCUGCAAUACGGCCUUUGUGCACUGGUCCCCGUCUGUCAUCUGCUUGUCCCUGGGAUGCAAGUCCUCACUGGACCGGGUGGGAUGGAGGAGAGAGCAGGGUGGUUGGGCCUGGGUCAGCCCAUACACAGGACAAUGCCAUGGAUGAGGACACGCCAUCGACUUGGACAUGGUUUUAGGUGUGCACAAAGACACGCACCACAGAAGGACAUGUGAGUGAACUACAGGGGAACCUUGGGCUGACUGUUAAAUAUGAAAUACGCCCCAGCCUUUUCAGUAAAUAACCCUUCUUUAGCCUGGUGUGGUGGCUCAGGCCUGUAAUCCUAGCACUUUGGGAGGCUGAGGUGGGCGGAUCACCUGAGCUCAGUUGGAGGCCA